CAUAUCCAAAAAAAAUCGAGAAGGAGACGGCGAAGAAGAAGAAGAAGAUCAAAAUCAAAUCAAACCAUGACGAGCCACCACGCGAUCGAAGUGACGAAGACGGUGCUAGAAGUAGCAGACGUAGCGUGGACCGCCGUUGAAACCUACCAUCACCACCACCACCACCACCAUGACGAGAAUCAUGAAUCAACGGAUUCGAUCGCCGAUCCACGAGAUCGUGAAUUAGAAGCUCUUCGUCAAGAGAAUCGUCGUCUCAGGACCUUACUUGAAGCGAAUCUUAAGCUCUUUGAGUCUCUCGCUGAAUCUGCUUCGUUAUCUCAUGAUUGCCCUAACGAUCUCUAUGCUAGGAUUGUAUCAAUGGUUACUUCAAGAGAUUUCUUGGGUAGAUUAGAGAAUCUAAGACAAGCUUUAGCUAAUGGAACUCAGAAUCAGUUUCCAUUUAAGGAACCAACAGAAGAUGAUGUAAAGACUGUUGAAGUUCUAAUAGAGAUGGAUCAUCAAGAGCCAAGUUGGUGGGUUUUGGUUAGUGAUGAUAUGGUUCCUGGUAAUGUCGAGGAACAAAGCGCGAUUGAUAAUGAACAUUACGUUGUUGUGAAUGAAGAGCAUGUGGUUGAUGCUGUUGCUCAUUUCUUGGCUAAAUGCAUUAUGUCGAAUCCCAAAGCUAAGAAUCUCAAACCUGAAGAGCUUCAGAAGCUUCUGCUCCAAGAAGUAACUACUCUGAGCAAGGUAGGGAAAGUAGUGGAUAUAUGGCAUGCUGGGAAAAUGUUCUACACACUGUCUACUUGGGGACUUGCUUUUGGAGGGUUAUACCAAGCUCGUGGUGCGCUGAAGAUAGCUGCUAAGGGUGUUCAUGCAACCAGCAAGGUCGUUCUUAGAGCUCUCUGAAAGUUAUAAGAGGUCUAAUCGCAUUCUAUCUUUGGGUUUGUCUUUCUCUGCGACUCUUUUCUAAUUAAGUAUUGCUUGUGUAAAUGGUGUAAUUUGUAAAUAGGGUUUGAUCAAUGUUGUAUUCUAUAUUGACUUCAAAAUUCUAAAAAAUUGUUCGUUGAUUCUCAUUAAUAAACUUAGACAAAUGUGUGAAAUUGUGAAUAUUGAACAAAGUUUGCAGUUA